AUGGAGGCACCUAUGCUGACGCUGGGGCUGCUGGCCACGCUGGGCGUGUGGGGCGGUUGGGGGCUCAACGAGGAGGGGCGGCUGAUCCGGCACCUGUUCAAGGAGAAGGGCUAUGACAAGCAGCUGCGGCCGGUGGCACACAAGGAGGACAGCGUGAACGUCUCGCUGGCCCUCACCCUGUCCAACCUCAUCUCCCUGAAAGAAGUCGAGGAGACCCUCACCACCAAUGUGUGGAUAGAGCAUGGCUGGACGGACAGCCGGCUGCAGUGGGAUGCCUCGGAAUUUGGGAACAUCACCGUCUUGCGCCUGCCCCCUGACAUGCUGUGGCUCCCAGAGAUCGUGCUGGAGAACAACAACGACGGCUCCUUCCAGAUCUCCUACUCCUGCAACGUGCUCCUCUCGGACACGGGCAGUGUGUACUGGCUGCCGCCCGCCAUCUUCCGCUCCUCCUGCCCCAUCUCCGUCACCUACUUCCCCUUCGACUGGCAGAACUGCUCCCUCAAGUUCAGUUCACUCAAGUACACAGCCAAGGAGGUCACCCUGAGCCUGAAGCAGGAAGUGGAGGAGAAGCAGAACCUCACCUACCCCGUGGAGUGGAUCAUCAUUGACCCUGAGGGCUUCACAGAGAACGGGGAGUGGGAGAUAGUGCACCGGCCGGCCCGGGUGAACGUGGAUCCCAGCAUCCCCCUGGACAGCCCCGGCCACCAGGAUGUCACCUUCUACCUCAUCAUCCGCCGCAAGCCUCUCUUCUACGUCAUCAACAUCCUGGUGCCCUGCGUGCUCAUCUCCUUCAUGGUCAACCUGGUCUUCUACCUGCCGGCUGACAGCGGCGAGAAGACGUCAGUGGCCAUCUCGGUGCUCCUGGCCCAGUCUGUCUUCCUGCUGCUCAUCUCCAAGCGGCUGCCCGCCACAUCCAUGGCCGUCCCCCUCAUCGGCAAGUUCCUGCUCUUCGGCAUGGUGCUGGUCACCAUGGUCGUGGUGAUCUGUGUCAUCGUGCUCAACAUCCACUUCCGGACUCCCAGCACCCACGUGCUGUCUGAGGGCGUAAAGAAGCUCUUCCUGGAGACCCUGCCCGAGCUCCUGCACAUGUCCCGCCCUGCAGAGGACGGGCCCAGCCCCGGCACCCUGGUCCGGAGGAGCAGCUCCCUGGGCUACAUCUCCAAGGCCGAGGAGUACUUCUCGCUCAAGUCUCGCAGUGACCUCAUGUUCGAAAAGCAGUCGGAGCGGCACGGGCUGGCCCGGCGCCUCACUAGUGCACGCCGGCCCCCGGCAAGCUCCGAGCAGGCCCAGCAGGAACUGUUGAGCGAGCUGAAGCCAGCAGUGGACGGGGCAAACUUCAUUGUCAAUCACAUGAGGGACCAGAACAGCUACAACGAUGAGAAGGACAGCUGGAACUUGGUGGCCCGCACAGUGGACCGCCUCUGCCUGUUUGUGGUGACGCCCAUCAUGGUGGUGGGUACCGCCUGGAUCUUCCUGCAGGGCAUCUACAACCAGCCUCCACCCCAGCCUUUCCCUGGGGACCCCUACUCCUAUGACGUGGAGGACAAGCGCUUCCUCUAG